AGACGCAUUUCCGUUUGGGCAGUACCGCAGGGCAGGACUUCCGUACCUUCCAGUGGCGGGCAUUUCCUCUUCUCUCAUUUCAUUCUUACGCGGUCAGGAUCCUGCGGUCCCGACAUGAAAAGGAGAAGAAGGCGCGAGAGUGGUGGUGGCCGCAGCAGGCGUGAGGCCCAGCGACGCGGCUCUGGUGAGCGGUGCCAGGGCCGGGACAGGAACGCCGACACCAAGGCCAGCCUUCUCAACUCUCCGCUCCGCACCCGGACUCCGAUGGCGGCGGUCUCGCUGAGGCGCCGGGCCCAGGAUAGGGUGACCUUGGAGGAUGUCACCGUGUAUUUCUCCAGGACAGAAUGGCGCCUCCUUGAUGAGACUCAGAGACGCCUGUACCUCGAUGUGAUGCUGGAGAACUUUGCUCUUAUAUCCUCGCUGGGUUGCUGCUGUGGAGCAGAGGAUGUGGAGGCACCCACUGAACAGAACCUUUCUACACAAGCAUCACAGGAAAAGAAUCUCAAGAUAGCUUUGCCUUCCCAGAAGAGCCAUCCCUGUGAGAGCUGUGGGCUGGUCUUGAGAGAUAUUUUCCUCUUGGUUGACCAGCAGGGAAUGCAAGACAGCCAAAAACUGUUGAGAUGUGGAGCCUGUAAAAAACGAUUUUAUUUCAGAGCAAAGCAUCACCAGGAGCAGUAUAUAAGAGAAAAGCCAUCCAUACGAGGUGGGGACAGAGCCUCCCUUGUGAAGGGCAGCAAUUUUAAUGUGUCCCAAAAGCUUUUUACUUGUGGGGAGGUUGGGCAGAAUGUUUUUACCAGAUCAGGACAUGUCCAACAACAGGCUACUUACCCCAGGGACAAGCCAAAAGAAAUGGCAGCAUCUGAGGAGGGUUUUCACAGGAGAAAACAUCACACAGGCAAGGAAUGUAAGAAAGCCAUUGGCUGCAAACGUACACUUGAUCCAAAUCAAGCUGUCAAAACUGGAAGACAGUGUUUUGUGUGCCGUGAAUGUGAAAAAUGUUCUCUAGAAAUCUCUGGGCGUCAUUAUCAACAGAAAGUUCACACAGGAGAAAAGCCAUAUAAGUGCAGUGAAUGUGGAAAAAGCUUAGUUCACUCAGGAGAAAGGCCUUAUAGGUGUGGUGAGUGUGGAAAAUGUUUUAAACAAAGUUCAAGCCUCAUUAUACACCAGAGAGUCCAUACUGGAGAAAAGCCUUAUGGGUGUGACAAAUGUGGGAAAUCAUUUAGCCAAUGGGGAAGCCUCAUUCAACACCAAAGGAUUCACACUGGAGAAAAGCCAUAUCAGUGCACUGAAUGUGGGAAAUAUUUUACCAGAAUGUCUGGCCUUCAUCGUCAUCAAAGACUUCACACUGGAGAAAGGCCUUAUGAGUGCAGUGAAUGUGGAAAAUCUUUUAAGAGGAAAUGGCACUUUCUUUGUCAUCAGUAUACUCACACGGAAGAAAGGCCUUAUGAGUGCAAUGAAUGUGGGAAGUGUUUUAAGAGUAAAUGGCACGUUCGUUGUCAUCAGAAACUUCACACUGGAGAAAAGCCUUAUCAGUGCAGUGAAUGUGGGAAAUCUUUCACUGUAAAUUCUGCCCUCCUGUAUCAUCAGAGAGUUCACACUGAAGAAAAGCGUUAUAAGUGCAAUGAAUGUGGAAAAUCAUUUAUUUGGAGCUCUAGCCUUCUUUAUCAUCAGAGGGUUCACACUGGAGAAAGGCCUUAUAAGUGUAGUGAAUGUGGGAAAUCUUUUAAUAGGAAAUAUCCGUUCCGUUGUCAUCAGAGAGUUCACAAUGGAAAAAGGCCUUAGGAGUGCAGUUAAAGUAGAACACCUUAUACCACUAGCCAUGGCCUCUGUUACCAUCAGAGGUUUUGCACUAAAGAAAGGCAUUAAAAGUGCACUGAAUAUAGGAAAUCUUUUUUCAUCAGCAGUAAUGUUCACUAUUCUCAGAAAGCUCCCAGAGGAGAAAGGUCAUAUUAGUUUAGUGAAUGUGGGAAAUCUUUUAUCAGAAUCUCUGACCUUUGUUGUCAUCAGAUAGUUUAUACCAGACAAAGAACUUUUAAAAACAAAUUGUUCACCUAUGAGUAUGUUUAUUCUUUUAGAGAAAAUGAAAAGGACAGAGACAAAAUGAUGUGAGACCAAAUCAUCAAUUGCUUGCCUCUCCUAUAUGCCCCAAUGAGGGAAUGAACCAAAAACCUGGGCACUGGGCAAGUGUCGUGACUUACCAUCAAACCACCGACCUUUUCUUUGCAGGAUGAUUCCCAACUGAGCCACAGUGGUCAGGACAACCUCAAGUACUUCUGACAGCAGCAUGAAUUUUUCCCUUGUUCAUGGGGUAUGCCAAUAAUUUUGAAGGGAAUCACUUUCAAGAGUUUUUCAAAGGUCCAUUUGUUAUAACAUCUAUAAUUACAUAAGUUAAGUGAUAGUCUCUGAGUUGUAUGACUGAAGGAGUUAGGGUAAACCAUGAUUAUUACAGAAUCACCUGC